UAAGGAGAAUUCAGUACAGUCUUCAUCAGCAGAAAGCUUCAUCUAUCUGUUUAUCUGUCUGCACAUUCAAUAUGCUGCAACGAGGGUUGAGCGGGCUCACCUUGUUGGUGCUGCUGUGCCACAAUGGUGUCAAAGCAACGGAAUUAACUAUAUGUGAAAACCAGCCCACUUUCCUCAGCUGUGGAGUUGCAACUAUUAAAGUGCUUUCAGUCUUUUAUGGGCGAGAUGACACAACAACCUGCGCAAGUGGAAACACCGAUAACACUAACUGUGCUUUAUCUGACGCCCUAAAUAUAGCAGCCACUACAUGUGAUGGAACAACACUUUGUAAAAUAAUUCCCUAUGAGACUUACUCUGACCCUUGUUUUGGAACGUCUAAAUACAUGAGGCUGUCUUACCAGUGUGUCGUACCAGCAAUACAACCGCCACCAAUACCAACAAUUAUAACAUGAAUUCGGGAGGAACAUUUCUGUGACCUGGGGAGGAAAUCUUCUGUUUCAUUUUUUAUUCCAUCUGUUAUCUUUGUGAGAUUUACAUGCAAUAAACAAAUUUAAACAAAGGCACAUUUUCACUCAUUACAUUCAAUCAUUGAAAAUCAGUUUUGUGAAAUCUGAAUGUUUUUGUAUGGUAACACUUAAGUACUUAAACUACGAAAUCUGUGGCCGUUUUAUUACCUUAUAUUCAGCAGGUAUAUAAAGUUUCUGAAUUUUAUAAAAUUAAAAAUUGUUCUUUUGAUUUAGUUUAAAAGCCAUAAAAUAUUCUAUGAAACUGGUUUUGAUUUGUCUUGUUUUAUCCUG